UAAUAGUCUCGUAUCCUUACCAGACUCUAGUAGCUAUACUGGUUGCUCCUAUAGACAACUCAUAAUGUGUGACCACAAACACACAGUCUAACCUCUUGUCUUGUUCACCUUGUCCAGAGGAAGGUUAGGAAUGAGAGGCAACUGAAGAUUUAUGAGAAGAGAAGAGCUGCCCUCCAACAGAGACUGUCUGGUGACAUCACUGACCAGGACCGGAGACAACUGCAGGGAGAGCUGGAGGAGGUGGAGGGGGAGAUCAAGAAGUGUGUCUCAGGCAUACAACGAUGUGAGGGGAACAUACAUAUGUGUGAGAAUAAGAUUGCUAGGAUACGAGGAGAAGGAGAGGAGAGGCGGAGAAAGGAAGAAUCGAAGCUAUCAGCAAAGCGGUUGUUUGAUGAGGCGAUGAAGCACGGACACGUCUCGGUCAACAUUGUCAACAUGCUUGUGUUUGGACCUGCGGGAACAGGGAAGACCAACCUCAAGCACCUGCUAACUGACAAGCCCCCUCCACUACAGCGAGACAGCACUCCUUGUAUGGAAAAGCCAGUACGCAUUCGACCCGUGUCCAACACGAAAUUCAAGACAACUAGUACUGGAAGAGGCUGGAAAGAGAUGUCUCAGCCAAAGAUGCUCAAUCUACUAGCUCAAAUCAUUGCCAAGUUACCAAAAGAAAGCACCGAUCACCUAGUUGGAAAAAUCACUGAUCGCUCCAUGGCAUCAAGGAUUGUCAAUGGCUUGAGGAACAUGAUGAUGGCAUUCAAGAGGAUGACCACAACCAAGACAACUUCUGGUUCCAAAUUGAGCCCAUCGACGAACGAUUCCGAUGAACUUUCUGGCUCUGCAAAAAUGUUGGACAAAGCCAUUGAUGAAGUGAUAGCGAGUGUAGUGAGUGGUGUGGCAGAAGAGCUGAAGCCAGCCACACAGGGAACUGACCAACUGUCGAGCAGUGACCAGCAAGAAGGAGAACUGUUUGAUUCCAACUGGGUGUAUGUUACCGACUGCGGCGGCCAGCCGCAAUUCCACGACGUCAGCCCUCUCUUCAUCAAGCACAUUUCGGUGGCGUUGAUAGUCUUGCGUUUGAUUGACGAACUCUCCAGUUUCCCUUCUGACGAGUACUACAAGGAUGGGCAGCUUGUUGGUAGUCCUCAUGCAUCUCACAUGACGCUCGGGGAGACACUUCAGAGUCUCAUUCGAUCCAUUGAGUCCCAUACCUCACAAGACAAGAAGCCGAAGAUGAUCUUUGUGGGCACAUUCUUUGAUCAGCUGAAGAGCUCGAAUACACUUAUCAAGAGGAAUAAAGAGAUUCUCGACAUGCUGCCACCCGAUAUCAAGAAGCUAUUGGUGUACGAAAAUCUUGGAUUGAACAAUCUGAUUUUUGGUCUCAACACAAUCAGCCGAGAAGAAGAUUCACUGGCCACUGCCAAUAGGAUUAGAAUUGCUAUUGAGGACUCUAUUCCGCUACAAGUCAAAAUGCCCAUCUGGUGGUCCUUCUUGGAUUCACUUCUCCAGAGUUUAUCUGCCAGUCUCGAGCGAGGUGUACUAGGCAUUGAAGAAUGUCUCCAAUUAGCCACUCGAUUUGGUUAUUUGCUCAAAGAUCUUGAAGCUGCUCUGGUCUUCUUUGACAACGUGUGUAUAGCGCACUACUAUCCCUCCAUUCUCCCCAACACAGUGUUUGUGGAUGCCCAGAUUCCACUAGACAAGAUCACCGAGCUCUCACAGCACGCCAUCUCCCUGAGGACUGCAAGCUCUACUGUUAGCCCAGGAGGGACAGGCGCCGAAUGGAAGAGAUUUCGAGACGAGGGCAUAAUCACUUUAAAGUUUCUACGAUUCUUCAAUAAGUAUUACGUUGAAGGCAUAUUUUCUCCAGAAGAUAUGCUGUUGAUCAUGAAAGAUCUUCUUGUGAUUGCUCCCAUUCCUCUAGUGGAAGCCACUCCCCACCAAGCCGAGUUCUUCAUGCCAUCUCUACUCACAUCGAUCCCACCUGCUGAGCUAGACAAGAUUCGUUCCUCCUUCACAACAUCACCCCUCGCUGUCUACUUUCGUAGUGGGUGUAUUCGCUCUGGAGUAUUUUGCUGUCUAGUUGUGGACGUGAUCAAGAGGCUGGGCUGGAAAGUUUUGCUUCCCUCAGGGGAAGCAAACAUUUUAGCUAAAAAUUGUAUCCAGCUAGAAAUCCCCAAUCUCCCGUGCACCGUGGUUCUGAUCGACUCCUUCUCGUAUCUUGAAGUGUAUAUCGAUGUGCUUUUUGCUCUUCGCAAACAAGUAUGCCCUACAAUUCGAAACGAAAUUUUGAUCAGCAUUAAAUCAUCGUUUGAAAUGUUGCAUUACAACAACGACACACCCGAGACAGCCAUCUUUUGCCCAUGCAGCAAGAAAAGCACUGGAAGCAAAUUGCACCUUGCCGAUGUCAGUGAACGGAAUGGCUGUAAGUUUUGGAAGUGUUCCCUUCAGACACGUGUGUGGGGAGAGCUCAGUGAUGAAGAUAGAAUCUGGUUGGACGAUAGCGAAGGUUCUGGUGAAUCAUCCUCUGCUACUGGAGGUACUUGUACGAAGACUGAGAGAAAGAGUGAUCAGCAGCAAUACUCCGUCCAUCAAUGUGGGACUCUGGCCAAUGUUGUUAGUAGCACUGGAUCUAGAAUGAGUGAUCAACAGCCUUGUUUGAGUAAUUCUGUAAUGGAAGAUGUGUGCUUGAAGACGGAAGUACAUGAUCAUGAUCAGCGAGAUACUUCUAACAAAUCAUCUCCUGCAAUGGAACAUGUGCUCAAUGAUCAACAUGCCAGUGAAUUGUCCUCUGUUAUAGUAAUGGAAGAUGUGUGUAAGAAGACUGGAGUGAGGGACCAACAACUAGAUCAAGAAAUCCCUGAGAGUGACAUCAUUCUAAUCGCGGAGAAAUUUCCACACCUGCUGAGCGUGCACAAGGCUUUGACAAUUAAUGAUCUGCAACAUGUUUACGAGAAACUACACACUGCACAUGCAAGUGCCAGCCCUCACUGGUUCAAUCUGGGAUUGGCUCUAGGUCUCAGUCAUCCUGUUCUCACCAAUAUCAAUAGUGAUAACCGUGAAAAGAAUUUGUUGUGCUUUCGUGAAAUGUUGGCUGAGCUCCUGAGUACACAACAUGUAACAUGGAGUCUCCUUUCAGACGCUCUCAAAAAGCCCACAGUGGAUCUCAUCAAUUUGGCUGAUAGCAUCACAGUCAAUCAAUCCACAACUCCUAACCUGCUCGAUCGACUCAACCUCACCCCAGCCGACCUCGGUGAUGUAACUGAAGUCACACGUCGUUAUGGCAAUCAAGCUGGAGUGGCUCAUGCAUUGGGAGCGUGGCGAAGAGUGAAUCCUUCCAGAGCUACCUUCAGGGCCUUGGUGGAAAUUACCAUAGGACUGAGAAGAGGAGACACUGCUACAGACAUUUGUAGAUUCAUUGUAGACAAUACAAGUGGAACUGACCGAAACUGAUUUAUAUACCUAAUGUUUUUAUUGAUACUAUUUUGUCUGUAAUGCUUUGCUUUUCUGAACACAUUAUUUGUAGUCUCUG